AGGAAGGAGGGUUGGGCUACGGCGGCGGCGACCUCGACUUCAGCGAGCUGUGGAUGGAUCUCAACCCCGGGGGCUUCCUGAGCUUCUUGGAGGAGGACGUGUUCCAGGGGAUGAUGGCUCCUGACCUGCUGCAGCAGCCGCUGGGGGCGCCGAGGAUGGAUUUAGUUGGUGAAAUGUGCGCCUCCUUUCUGGCUUAGUUAGUUAGCCAGAGCUGUUCUUGUGAUCUUUAUCUUGUUUUUGUGAGAAUUUUUUGCACUUUGGUUGAGAGAAAUGGAUUCUUUUCUCUCUUUCACUAGAUGAACAUAUUUACAGUGGUCUUGAAAGAACUUGCGCCCAUGGUUGCAAAUACUAGUAGUGAUUAUGUAAGCCUCCCUGGUGGGAUGAUGAUCAAUGAUCAUCCAAGGAAUAUGAUCGGUUUGGGUGCCUACGUUUGUUUUC